AUGGUGGUCACGCGCCAAACAAAACCAAAGUCAUUUGGAGAAGGGAGAAUUGCACUGCUGCUGAAAGAAGGAGCCCCGCAGGAGGAGCCGUCGGCGUGGCGGCCCAUUUCAUUGUUAAACGUCGACUACGAGAUUGUAGCUUCCUUGCUAAACUCACGCCUGACACUCCUCCUGCCAAACAUCAUCUCCCCCCAGCAGGCUUGUGAGGUUCCAGGACGUUCCAUUUUAGCUAACUUGACCGCAACAAGGGACCUAUUCGAGUAUAUGACAGCGAAGUCCCUCUCGGGAGCCUUUGUUUCCCUAGACCAGGCGAAGGCUUUCGACCGGGUCAGGCAUCGAUACCUGCUCGAAGUUUUACGCCACUUUGGGUUUCCGGCAAGCUUCGUCGAUCUCAUUUCGCCCCUAUACAGCUACUUGACGUGCCACGUGAUUGUGAACGGCAACCCAACACAGAACUUCGUCUAUGAAAGAGGGAUCCGUGAGGGGUGCCCGCUGGGACCCACCCUCUUCAUUCUCUCACUCAAGCCACUCAUAAGAAACAUCGAGCAAAACGAGCAUAUCAGAGGCUUUCCCCUGACUGGUGAGGACGAGGUCAAGGUAAUUGCCUACGCUGAUGACGUUUCCUUGUACGUCAGUGACCCUGCAAGCCUCCAGAAGUUCUGGAUAACGUUCGCAUCCUAUGCGGAGGUCUCGGGCGCGGAAAUGAACAGGGGAAAAUGCAAGGCACUACUGUUUGGCAAGUUCCCUCACGAAACCCUGGGCGAUCUCGAAAUCGUAGACGUGGUCAAGGUGCUGGGCAUAUACUUCUGCUGUGGCGGCGUCGCAGAGACAACGUGGAAGCGGGCAAUAGAACGAGCACGAACGGCAAUUGCGCGUCUCAGCUUCAAGGACCUCACACUUCGUGAGAAGGCCGUGGCUGCGAAGACCACCAUCUGCGCCUUCGCUUACUACGCUAGCAGGAUAGCAGUUAUGCCCACCAAAACGGCUUCACAGGUGGCAAAAAUGCUCGGGUCUUUCCUAUGGGAGGGCAAGCCAGCACCCGUGCGACGGACUCUCCUGCAACUCCCAGAAAGCGAAGGCGGCCUCGGCCUCACUCACGCACUAACGAUCAGCAAAGUCCUCGCUCUAAAAACGGCUAGAGCCCUCUUUCGCUCUAGCGACUAUGUGGGGAGAGGCCUCAUGCGCUACUGGAGCAGUACGAGCGCAGCCUUCCUCGACGCCGACCGACCACUUGGCCCUCUCGCGGAGACGCCCUCGCGUUUCUACAAGGCAGCCGCGAACACGAUGCGGAUACUCCAAAGGGAGGCCCCUGACUGCGACGUGGACGAUGUCCCGCCUGCCCGCAUCACGGAGGAGGUCGCGAGACACCAGAUAAGUGAUGAAGAGAGGCAGAUGUCUCGCAAGUGGAAAAAGAAAGCGUCCAAGGACGGACCAGGAAAACCCAGGUUGGCGCAGGACUUCGCGUGGCGUAAAAACUGGGGGGUGUUACCAACCCCUCAGCGGCUUCACAAGUUUGGUAUAGUGCCGUCGCCCCGCUUCCCGAACUGCCGGGCCGACGAAACGCUGGCGCACGCCCUGAUGGAGUGCCCCGCAGCCAAGCCUGUUUGGCGACUCGUAGCAAGGGACUUCAAAAUCCGCCCCCCUCCGGCGCUCAACAGGAACAGGGGCGCGUUCGCCAAACUGGUCGUGAUGUGCACCUGGUUCUCCAUUUGGAAACGCCGCUGCUUAGCCGAGGCGAGGCGGAAAAUUACGAGAGCGGCGUACCCAACCUUGUCCCGUGUUCGAGAGAUGGUCUGGCGAUAUCUCUCGGAACAACUUGAGUCCAGCGGCGAGGAGAAGUUUCUCCGCCGCUGGCACACACGGUUUUUUUUUGAUGCGGCAAGAUGGGAGAUGGGGGCAGGAAAAGCGACUGCCGAUUUCCUCUGGGUGGGUCAGCUCAGGGUUGCCGUCUUCUUGAAGCCAGGGCCAAAGGACAAAGGAGUGUACUUCCUCUGA